AUGGCCACCAUCAAGUUCAACAGGCCGCGAGCCAUCCGCCUCUUGGCCGCCGUCGCAAUCUCCCUCGCCAUCGUCUCGCUCGUCUCCGCCCAUGGAAACCAUCACCGCAACAACAACCAGAUCCCAAAGGACAGCGUCCACGCUCACGCUGAUCCCACCAACCCCGGCGACUGUCCCUUCCACAAGGCCGCUCAAGCCGGUGAGAAGGAGGAGACUCUCUUUCACGCCCAGCCCGUCUAUGACAAAGAUGGGAACCUCGUUGGAUCAAACGUCGAACACGGGGACCUGCCAGGAUCCGCCACCAACAGUCGCAUGAAAGCCCUCUUUGCCUUUCUCUUCCCCGGCUCACCUAUGGUCAACUCUCUCCUCGGCACCACCUACAUCUCGAUCAUUCCCAACCUGCUCCUCUACUUUGUCCCGCCAGAUAUCAAGCCCGAGUCGCUCAACACCCUCGUCGCAUUCGCUGUCGGCGGUCUCCUUGGCGACGUCUUCCUGCAUCUCCUGCCUCACUCGUUCCUGGGCGAGGUCCACACUGGCGAAUUAGUCGCCGUCAACGAAAAGAAGAACGUGUUCGUCGGUCUGAGCAUCUUUGUCGGAUUCUUCAUCUUCUUCUGUAUCGACAAGGUGAUGCGCGUUGUCAGUGGAGGCGAAGGAGGACACAGCCAUAGCCAUGGCCAUGAUCAUGACAACACCGUCAAGGACCACCACCACCACGACCAGGAUAACGACCACAAGCACGAACAUAAACACGAGGACAAUGAUGCGACUCUUCGCCAGCGCAAGAACACCAACAAGGACAAGGACGAGCAGAAGGAGGAUAAAAAGGUGGCAGAGAAGCCUAAGGAGAUCUCGAACAGCAUCAAGUUGUCUGCCUACCUGAAUCUCAUUGCGGACGCGACACACAACUUUACCGACGGUCUUGCUAUGGCUGCCUCCUUUUACACCUCUCCAGCCAUCGGAGCCACCACCACCGUAGCCGUCUUCUUCCACGAGAUCCCUCACGAGGUUGGCGACUAUGCUAUCUUGAUCCAGUCGGGCUUUCCUCGGAGCAAGGCCAUGCUGUCGCAAUUUAUCACCGCCAUUGGAGCGUACUUGGGCACAUUGGCUGGAAUUGCGAUUGAGGAGUUGAGCAAGUCUGGAGACGGCGCCGACCAAGCCUUGGAGGAUCAAAAGUUGGCGCUUUUUGGGUUCGAGAGCAUCCCCAUGCGCGCAGGCGACCUUGUGAUCCCAUUCACUGCGGGCGGAUUCUUAUACAUUGCCACCGUCGGCGUCAUCCCCGAGCUCUUGACCGUCUCGGGCAAGUUUGCCAAGGAUGCCAGGCAGUUUGGAGCCGAAAUCGUUGCCAUGCUGAUCGGUGUAGGCAUGAUGACCAUCAUUGCCUUGAACGAAUAG